AUGGCCACAAAGGCAGCUCAUCUGGAAUUAGUGCUAAAUCUCACCACCGAAGCUUUCCUUGCUGCGCUUCGGCGAUUCUGCGCGCGGCGUGGCUAUCCGUUGAAUAUAUAUUGCGACAACGCAACCAAUUUUGUGGGGGCAAGCAAGGAAUUACGAAGACUAUUCAACUCGCAACAACAUAGGCAGCAAGUCGCAACUCAAUGCACCCGCGAUGGAAUUACAUUCCAUUUCAUUCCACCGCGUUCGCCAUCAUUUGGUGGGCUUUGGAAAGCCUGCGUAAAAGCUACAAAACACAUCCUAAAUCGUGUAACCAUUGAUGUGCUUCUCUCUCAAGAAGAAAUGACGACUACCGUGGCACAAAUUGAAGCGUGCCUAAAUUCACGACCGCUCACGCCUCUAUCCAACGAUCCCGAUGACCUUGAAGCCCUUACUCCUGGGUACUUCCUCAUCGGUGCACCCCUCCAAGCUAUUCCCGAACCCGAUCUUACCUCACUCUCUCUAAAUCGCCUAUCCCGCUGGCAGCAAAUGCAACGUGUUGUACAGUCCUUCUGGUCCCGUUGGUAUAAAGAGUAUUUGCCUACUCUUCAAAAAAUCCAAGAAUGGCCUGGUGAGCAUCCGAAUCUCUCCGUCGAGGACAUGGUGCUAGUACAGGAGGACAACCUACCACACACGAAAUGGCCCAUUGCGCGGGUUGUAAAGACUAUUGUUGGUGAUGAUAACUGUGUGAGAGUUGCAGACGUUAUGCUAGGGGAUAAUAAAAUCUAUCGGCGUACAAUUCGUAAUAUGUGUCCGUUACCGCAGAGCGAUUCUAAACCCACAGACAUUAUGGAAGAGUGUCAACCAGCCAAUCGCAAUGCCAGAAUGUCCAAAAACAACUAA